UAUGUAAAUUUAUGUCUAGCAGCUGCAGGUGCAACCCCACUUCAUACACACAAACAUAGCCUAAAUCUAACCAAAAUCAAUGGAGAAAGAGACUGCAAAUGGCUCAUCGGCAGUGAAGAAAAGCCCCAAAUCAUCUGCCAAGAAAGCAAGAACACCUCAGAGUUCUGUUGAUACGUUUGCUGUGCAAUGUAAUGAGUGUUUCAAGUGGAGGACAUUGCCAACAGAAGACGAAUUUGAGGAGUACAGAAGUAAGCAAAGUGAAGAUCCCUUUGUUUGCAAGAAACUUGAAGGAAUUGUGUGCGAUGAUCCUGCUGAUAUCGAAUACGAUUCCUCUCGAACAUGGGUCAUGGAUAAACCGAACAUCCCGAAAACCCCAAAAGGUUUUCAGAGGGUAAUUGUUCUUCGAAGAGACUACUCUAAAAUGGAUGUGCAGUAUAUCUGCCCUGAUGGCACUAGGGUAAGAGCAGCUCCAGGAAUCAUAACGUAUCUCAAAGAACAUCCAGAGUUAAGCCAUGUGUCAGCGACUGAUUUCUGCUUCACGUCUCCAAAGGUGAUGAGUGACACAAUCCCUGAACAUAUUGAGAAGAAGACUACUGGUAGCAGCAUCAAGAAACAGAAGAAGUGAACCUGAAGGAGGUUUUUUGAAACAAGGGUUCUUUCUGGGGUGUCUUUUAAGGUUUUAUUUUACUUUUUAUUAUGACCUAGGAUUCCAUUCUAUCGUAUUGUAUGUUAAGCUUUUUGUUUGACGUUUUAUGGCACAACCAACUGAAUUGGAAUCUAUUGUAGAGCGGCUGCAGUUGUAGUUGUAGUCGUGACUUACUAGUAACCGUGGAGUGAUAUUUCAUAUGCAGUCUGUUAAUUAUGAUUAUCCUGCAACUAUAUUAUGAAUCCAAAGCUUUAUUUCGGUCA